CUGACACCCCCAAAAAAACAGAGGGAGGGCACAGAGGGAAAGACAGAGAGAGAGAGCGAAGGAGAAGAAGAAGAAGAAAACAUACGCUGUCCUUUAGAGAGCAGAAGAAGAAGAGAGAAACAAAAAAAACUCUCAUUCAAAUGAAAUAGAAAGCAGACAGAAACGAGAACAUGAUUGAAUCCCUGAACUGUGUCAUGUCGGUGGCAUGUCUCGACCACACCAAACAGAAAAAGUCAAAGUGUUUGGAAGACUUGCUGCCUUUCCUGCACUGGCUCCGAGACAACUCUGGAAGGAACCUGCCAAUGCCAGAGCGAGUGUGUUCAUUCCAGGGACAGAACUACCACAAGCUGAAGCGAGCGUGCCAGCGCCGGGGAGCCCUCUUCCAGGACCCCUUCUUCCCCCCCACGGCCCAGUCGCUGUUCUACAAGCGCACCCCUCCUCCGGGAAUCACAUGGAAGAGACCUCGGGAGCUCUGUAAAGACCCGCGUCUCUUUGUGGAUGGCAUCAGCACGCGUGACCUCCACCAGGGCAGCCUGGGGAACUGCUGGAUGGUGGCAGCCACCUCCUGCCUGGCCUCGGAACCCUCCCUCUGGAAGAAGGUGAUUCCAGAUCACUCAGAGCAAGAAUGGAACCCAAAGCGGGCCGACCUUUAUGCCGGAAUCUUCCAUUUCCGCUUCUGGCGCCUAGGCCGCUGGACUGACGUUGUCAUUGACGAUCGUCUCCCGGUCAGUGAGGAUGGAACGUUGCUUUUCUGUCGCUCUGCAACACCACGCGAGUUCUGGAGUGCAUUGUUGGAAAAGGCCUAUGCCAAGCUGAAUGGCUGUUAUGAGGCUCUGGAGGGGGGUAACACUGCGGAGGCCCUGGUGGAUUUUACGGGGGGCGUUUCGGAGCCCCUCAGCCUGGACCGCUCAGCUCUGGUUCAGCACCCUGACCAGAGGAAGGCCCUGUUCCAGACACUGACCAAAGCUCACAGCCGCCAGGCCCUCAUCACCUGCUCCAUACGGCCUGAGGAUGGGCAACGCGUGGAGUCGGUGCUGGACUGCGGGCUGGUUAGGGGCCACGCCUACGGGGUGACGGCCGUCAGGAGGGUCCGUCCGGGCCCCUUCCUGCUGGGCAGCUGCGGGGAUGCCGGCCGCGUGUGCAUGGUGCGCCUGAGGAACCCCUGGGGCACGGCGGACUGGACUGGAGCCUGGAGCCAGGGGUCUCUGGAAUGGCAACAGCUGUGCCGCAAAGAAAGAGAGAAGAUGGGGCUCAUAGUGCGAGAUGUGGGGGAAUUCUGGAUGGAGUUCGAGGACUUCUGCCGCUACUUCACAGACAUGGUGGUGUGUCGGCUGGUGGAACGAUCGCUCCUCUGGCCCAGGAGUCACUGGCGGGAAGUGCGAUGCCAAGGGGAGUGGGCACCAGCUCCCGGACCCCCACCAAGACCACCAGCACCACUCCCAUCCACGGCCAAGACUUGCACCACCACCACAGCCUGUCACCAACCCAGGCCAGGCGGGUAUGCCCAGCGAGGGGAUCGGAAAGAAGCUCGACUGGGAGAGAGGAGACAGGAGCAGCCCGUCGGCAGACAGAGGGAGAGAGACUGGGAGAGGGAGAGGAGCCGGCCUGUGAGAAGAGAAGAGGGGGGUAACGCUGCCAAAAAGAGGGUGGAGGACGAGGUGGUGGACAGGAGCUGUCCAGAGCAGCUGGACAAGAGAAGCAGAUGUGGGGGCUGUAUCAACCACAGGGAGACGUUUCUGCACAACCCCCAGUUUAUAUUUGAGGUGCAGGGCAAAGAGGAGGAGGUGCUGAUCUGUCUUCAGCAGGAGGAUAGGAGGAUGAAGAGAAGAGAGGGUGGAGGAGAGAACCUUCCCAUUGGGUUUGAAGUACUGAGGGUGGAGCUGAACCGUGUGAGCAGGGUGCAGUGUGUGGGGGAGCAGGCCGCCAGCUCGGUCUACAUGGACUCACGCAGCGUGGCGCUCCGAGUGACGCUCGCCCCAGGACGCUACGUCCUCCUGCCCACCACCUUCCAGCCGGGGGUCACCGGCAGAUUCCUGCUCCGUCUCUUUUCACACACACACGUCCAGCUCAGGGAACUGAAAGAGGAGUUGCCUCCUCCGUCCCUGUGGCAGUGUUGUCUAUCUCAGCCAUGCCUGGUUACCACGGUGCACCUGCGUCGUGCCUCAGGCCUCUGUCAGCCGAAACAGACAGCCCCAGAUGUGUAUGCUAUCAUUCGUUGUGAGGAGGACGCAGUAAGGACGGGUGUGUUCAAGGUAGACGGGAGUCCCGAGUUCAACACUAAGGCCAUUUUCUACAGGAGACGGCCUCAGGCACCUAUAUACAUAGAGCUUUGGAGCCAUGGCUUGGUUUGGGACACUUUGCUGGGUGGAUGUCGACUUCAGAGUGAGGACUGUGAAAGAGGCAGGAGCAGAACGAUUGACAUUCAGGGCAGCCAAUCGUGCCUCAGAUCCCGGGGUUGUGUCUAUGUGGAGACUUCCUCCAGCUACUGCCUGACGGACCUGUGAUUCCACAGCUGCUCUUUGUUUUACCAAUUACACUGCCACAGCAACAAUCCAUUGUGACCUCAUCAAGUUACCAAAGGAGAUGUAUUUAAACACCAAGUAAUUCAUUAUAAAGUGACAGCAUUUCAUUCAGUGUUUUCACUGUAAAUCAAAAGAAACAUGUCUGUGUUUGUGUUUCUAAAUAUAUUUUCUCUGCUGGUCAGAGUAUAGCACUAGAUGUUCUUAUUAAAGAAGAAGUUCAUAUAAAGUCCAACUUUCAUUACUGAACAUAGGCCAAGGUUAUGUUGGGUUUUGUUUUAUGUGUUAUGCAUUUAUAUCCAUAAAACCGCAUUGUGGGCCCCAGCAGUGGUGCGACUGGCUGGGGCACCUGCACCGUACGUCGGCGACCCGGGUUCGAUUCCCGCCCCGUGGUCCU